UCUCCACCAGGGGGAGCCCGUGCUUGUAGUUAUCAAAGGAUUUUUUUUUCACUUAGCUUCGUACGUAGUCUUUAUAUUUAAUGUUUUCUGUUAAAGGGCAUUUUAGUUUCAGAGUUUGGUUUCUUUGCAAAUUUUGUAAGGCUCGACAUUAAGAAAUAGUUUUUGUUUGUUUUCUUCCUAAGCUCCGGUCCUCUGUGCAACUCCGAUGUCUAAAACAUUCGCACCAGAGUUCCUUUGACAGAACGUGUUGAUGACGCCUUCAUCUACAACAACAACAGAACUCAACUGCUGUGAAGCUAACUAGCCGGCUUAGUUAUUCUGAUUUUUUUAAUAUAUUUUUUUUAAAUUCUUUUUAUUGGUGUCUUAACAGUUACCUACUCAUUCGGGUAUGAAGUUAAUGCUAUAAAAUUUCGACUUUAUUUUUUUUUUUAUUUGUUUUGAAUUUGAAAGUUUUUGUCUGCUAGCAUGUUAGCUUUAAAACCGAGUAUAACUCGGAGCCUCUCCUCUUCCAGUUGAAGGGCAGAAAUAUUUAUGGCAAAGCCAGAACACAGGACCUUCUGGUGGAGAUUCUGACCUCCACCAGUAAAAACACAAACCUGUAAUUAUCCGUCAAAAAUGUCGCCACAGAAAAAACUUCUUGUCCCAGUAAGCAGCAGGCGGAAAGCCGUGGACGACUUCUUCCCCUUUAACUCGCUGCCAGUGGAGUGCCAGCUGCACGUCUUGUCCUUCCUGAACGAGGUGGACAAAUGCAGCUGCGCGCUGGUUUGCCUGAGCUGGAGUUGCCUGGUCCGGUCGUGGAAGCUGUGGCGGGUUGCAGACUACUCUCGGCGCGGUGCCUCCCAUCUAGGUCAGGAGGGGCUGCUUGUUUCCAACCGGGAGUUUGAGCGAUGGAGGGCCUGGGUCCACCACUACACCCACCAUCUGAUCUCCCGGCGGGCCAGCCUGCUUACGCUAAAGGCCAGCUUCGACCUGGGAGACCGCUGCAACAAGUGGAGCGAACUGCUGAGUCACCUGCUGGAUAACGUCCACUGCAGAGACCUCAGCCAUCUGGAUCUCAACUGGACCUUUACCCUCUUUGAGCCACUGGACCUAAGAGUGCACUCCAGCUCCAGCUCACACCAGGACAGCAUAAACAAGAUGGACCAGGUGACCAGCUUUCAGGAGCUGCUCGGCAAACUCACCCACAGCUGCCCGCGAAUCUCCAAGAUGCGUUUACAUUUCGACUGGUCGGAUCUGUCUGUGUCCCUGCUCACCCGGUUCCAGCAGCUACGAACCCUCGAGCUCAAGUACUUCUGGGUCUUCAAACUAGUGACAUCCUCCACGCUCCAGACGCUUACCAAAUCCCUGCCCAACCUAAAGUCGCUGACUUUGCACAUCUUGGUGCCACUGAGGAACCUGGGGAUCUCGUACACGUUGGAAUCUGAGUCUCUGGAGUUCCUGGACGUCUCGCCCAGCCGCGGUUUGGUCUUCUCCUGCCUGAAGCUGCCGGCUCUGAGAGAACUUCGAGCUAAGAAGAUAGUGCGAGGAAUCACGCUGGAUCGUAGGACAAGGCUCCGGAUCCAGAGCAGGUGGCCUUGUCUGUACCAUGUUCUCCAGCAGGGGACGCCAAAGCUUCAGACCCUGAACAACGAGAGGCUCAUUCCUACUUGGAGGGAGAAGAGCUACGGGGAGCUGACCGCCAUCCUGGAACAGUCCUGCUACUGUGUGCAGCAUCUAGACAGCUGGCUGUGGUAGUCAGCUGACUGAGACCGAAGAUCCGUCUGUGUAUUGUAAAUUCCAGCCAAAGCAAAACACUGCUUUUACUCCCCACAUUGUUGCUUUUAGUCCAACAAACUGAUUCUGCAAGAGGACACAGAAGCUGCUUGUUGCUGCAGAUGAAAAAUAGGAUGUGACUGCAGGAUCCUCCCAGUUCCUAAACUGGAAUCUGCUCUUUGUGUAAAAACACAUGUAGGUUUGAGGCAAUGAUAUCAGCACAGCGGCUUUGUAAUCAUUUGUUCGAUAAUCUGGAAAAAGCAACGGUGCUUCUUUCUAUCGGGCUCUGCUGCUGCACUGGUUAGCAAACGAGCAGAGCCACAAGUACAUGGAUCAGAACUGAAUGAAGAAUAAUAUCGCCAUUAUUUAGCUGGAAGCUUUCUAAACCUUUUGUUGUCAAGGAGAAGAACAGUGAAGAAUAAAGGCAAAAUAUUUUUAGGAUUUUUUUUCAUCCAAGAUGAAACUUUAUGCUUUCAUGCAUGAACUUUGAAGUCAGUUGAGUAUUUAUAAAAAAUAUGGUAAAAAUUAUAAUCAUCAGUAAUAAUAUGGUUCUCUUAGUCAUUUAGGUCGUAAUCUCCACUGCUUUGAUGGUGUUUCUGUAGGAUUACAGUCAGAAAUUAAGGGAGAAAAAAAAAUCAACAUUUUAGAAUAAAUGUUUUUUGACAAGUUCUUUUUGCAGUCAAAAAAAGUUUGACAUUUCAGCAUAUUCCAUUAAUAUUAA